AUGAAUUUCCUGCUGUUCGCUGCCUUAGCCGCUCUUGCCGUCGUCGCGGCGGCCGACACGUACACCGACAGAUACGACUCGAUGAACGUGGACGACGUGAUCGCGAACAAGAGGUUGCUGGUCGCCUACGUGAAGUGCGUGCUGGAUAAGGGCCGCUGCACACCCGAGGGAAGGGAGCUUAAGUCUCACAUCACAGAUGCCCUGCAGAGCGGUUGCGAGAAAUGCACGGGCAAGCAACGCCGCAGUAUCAAGAAAGUGAUAAAGCACCUCAUACACGAAGAAAACAACUAUUGGAACCAACUCGUCGAUAUGUACGAUCCUAAUAGAACUUAUUCGCGGAUCUAUGAAAAAGAAUUAGUACUUUUGGAGCUGUGGGGGAUUUUGGAGCAGGGGUUCCUCAAGGGU